UUCUUUGUCUGUUUCUUUGACUGAUAUUUACGAUCAUGAACAAAUGGCAUUUAUUGUGCUAUUGAAGAUACUUCUUCUUCUUUUUCUUUUUCUUCCGAAGAUCGCAAGUUUAAUCGAAUUUCAUUCAAUCGGGGAAGAACAAACUUCUUUUAUCAUAGAUAUUUGCAAAUUACACGGAUUGAAAUCUGUAAUAUUUUUAUAUGCCGAAUCUACAGAAGAAAUGGAAAUGGCAACGAUGAUAUUCAAAUAUAGGCGGACACUAUCUCGUGAAGGAGUUGCGAGCACCAAUUUGUACUUUUCACAAUUGCACGAAUCAUCGUAUUACUUAAAGCACAUUGUACGACCGUAUUAUAUAGUGGUGAUCUCAAAUUACAACGCAAUGAAUCAGUUCUCAUUAGCAACAAGUACCUUUGACAUGUCUUCAGCUGUGUGGCUAGUGAUAUUCAUUUAUAAGGAAAGUAAUUCCGAUUAUUGUCACAAUCCACCAGGUAAUAUAUUUCAUUUGAAAUUCAACUCUGAAAUGAUGAUCCGUUGUGGUACAGAAAACAUUUUACAAGAAUGGUAUUCGGUUGAUACGCAUCAAAUCGAGAUUAAUGAUGUAGCAACUUGGAGCUCAAAGAAAGGAAUCAAUAAAAUGGUUCCAGAUUUUAUUUACGAAAGAAGAUAUAAUUUACAGGGUUUAAUCAUGAGAGCUACUAUAGUUAAGGGUUCACUAUUCACAAUUAAAAACAAAGAUGGUGAAUUAGACGGUAUAUUUGGUAGAAUAAUAAGAGAACUUUGUGUAGCUCUAAAUUUUAGUUUCAACGUUGUCUCAGAAGUAGAAGAAUAUGGAAGGUGGGAUCCAGAAAGAAAAAUUUGGUCCGGUGGAAUUGCGGAAUUAUAUACUGGACGUGCUGACAUUUCUAUUUCAGAUUUUAUUAUUACAAAUGAUAGAUUGAAAGUCGUUAACUUCACGCUCCCUUUUUUAAACUCCAAAAACAUUCUCGUCAUUCGAGUACCAGAAAAUUUAAGGAUUCAAUUGUCAUCUUACUUUUUAACUUUUACUCUUUCUGUUUGGAUUGCUGUGUUUGGCGUAUUAAUUGCUUCAUCGAUUUUCCUGAUCUUUCUCAAAAUAAAAAAGAGCUUCGUUGCGGACGGUACUUAUCAGCUUGCCGCCACUCGUGGUUCGGCUUAUUACGAUAAGUUUGCAAAUUCGAAAGACCCGUUAGCAGAGAAGGUAAUGAAGUUGAUGCUAAAUGUUGAAAAAUUGCCCAUUACCGAUCAUGAAGGAUUCGAAAUGAUUUGUAAAAAUUGGAAACUAGCAAUCUACACGAGUGACCAAUUGACAGUUUUGCUAUGA